CUUGACUCCAGCGUGAUGCAAGUUCAUAUUAGUUUGCAUUGGUUGCGCGUGGUUUCUGCACUUUGAAUCAGAGACUAGUGAGCAGAGACUGAUAGCAAACAAUGAGAAAAUGAGGUUGCUCGCAGUAACGUUGUUUUUAUCUGGCGUGUUUACAGCACCAUUAUCUAAUGAGUUAAACAAACGAUCGAAAAUAAAUUGUAACAAAGAUGUGUCUCAUUUCCACACAAAAAAGACAUUGCUAUACUCUUACGAGGGUGAAACAGUAUCUGGUUUGAUUGGUACAUCUGACGAGCGUUCUGGACUCAGGUUGAGAGCAAAAUGUCAAAUAACAGCUGUGCUACCAUGCACAUAUAUGCUUCAGAUUAUUGAAGCGGAGCUUCUGGAUGGCCAGGGCAAGAACACUGAUGCUUUAGAUUUCAAGCUUUCACCAGGAAGCAAGGAUCUUAGCCGAGAGCUUAAAGCUCGAGAAGUAUACUUUGAAACACAUGACGGCUUUGUUACAAACAUCCAAUCACUUGAAGGUGAACCUGAACGCAUCUUAAACAUGAAACGUGGAAUCUUGAGUGCAUUUCAAUUGAAGAUUACUGAUAACGAUCAAACUUUGAGCGAGGUUGACGUGAACGGAAAAUGCAAUGCUUUCUAUCACAUAAAGUCCCGUCAUGACAGCGGCAGAGCUAAGACUGUUGUGAAAACAAAGAACUUUACUUCUUGUGACGACAGGUCGGAAACUAAUCUUGGCAUACCAGUGACCCACUAUCCAACAGAUAAGCCAUUCAGCUUACUAAAAUCAGAGAGUGUCUGCAAAUACGUAUUGUCACCUCGACAACGAUUUGGUAAGAUCAUAUGUGAAGAAACUCAUCUCUUUCGUCCAUUUUCCUCUGGUUACAACUCAUCGUCUGGGGCAAUGACCAUUGUCAGACAAAGCCUUUCAUUAAUUGGCCAUGUCGCCAACUCAGGUCUUCAGCCAAAUUUACCAAACUCCAGUCUUAAGUACGUGCACAUUAAAGAUCCAGAGAUAGCAUCAAAAAAUUAUAAAGAUGCUUCAACAAUUCUUGAUAAACUUGGUAACGAAGAAGGUGCUAAGCCUGAUACAGCCAGACUUUUCACCAAGUUGAUUUUUGCUUUACGACGACUCAAUACUAAAGGUUUAAAGUAUGUGUGGAUAAAACAUUAUAAAUGUCAAGACAGAGGAUGCAGCAAAGACACGAAUGAAAGAUACAAAAAAUUCAUUGUGGAUGCUCUCUCUCAGUGUGGUACUUUGGAUUGUGCUCAGUUUAUGGUCAGUGUUAUAACAGACAAUGAAGUUGGUACACCACAGUCUGUUCAGCUCCUUACUGGUAUCGCAUUGGUUGGUAAACCAAGUGAAGACAUGGUGGGAAAUAUUUUGUAUUUCUGUCAAGAAACUCCGUCAAGAACAGCUUUUCUAACAUUGGGAACAUUGAUCCAUAAAUAUUGUAGUCAGCAUUCCUGUGAUAAUCUGAAUUCAAGAAGUCCCAUUUAUCAAGCCGACAAGUUUCUCGAAGAAAGACUUGGUGAUAAUUGUCAAGAAACAGCAACUCAAGAGCUUGAAAACAUCACGCUUUCUCUUAAAGCCAUUGGCAAUGCUGGUCGACCUUCAACAUCAGUUCCUACUAUUUUGAAAUGUGCCGCUAAAACUAAUAGUUCAUCUUACGUCAAUAUUGAUGCCAUUCAGUCCUUGAGGCGUUUUCCCUGCAGUCAUAAAACUACCAAUGGAUUAAUGUAUAUAUUUGACGAUCUUGCAAUGGAUACAGAAAUUCGUAUUGAGAGUUAUCUUGCUUUGAUGAGAUGCCCUACUGAAGAACUUAUUAAGAAGAUUGCAGACAUUCUCAAUGAAGAAAAAAAUAACCAAGUUGCCUCUUUUGUUUCAUCACAUUUAACCAAUGCACUUGAAUCAUCAGAGCCAGUAUAUGGUGUCCCAUUACGUGACUUAAUAACAAGAGCACUUAAUGGGACGAAACUUCCUACUUUUCAUCUUGAUUUUUGAGAUAUUCCCAUGCCUACGACAUUUCAUUUUACAACAGAAAAUAUGAAUUUGGUGGCUCAAGUCAAGCUCAAAUGAUUUUCCAUCAAGACAGUUAUUUUCCUCGUAGCGCCAAGUUUAACCUAACUGUUGACAUGUUGGGAGCGUCAGUUAACUUAAUUGAGACCGCAGCGCGAUUUGAAGGUUUUGAAGGUCUUAUCGAGCAAAUGUUUGGACCAGAUGGACACUUCCCAGAUGAACGACUUAUGGAAUUAUUGAACAUUAAAACCAACGAAUUUCAUUCUCGCAGUAAAAGAAGCACAAAUGACAACGAAAUGAGCGAAAUCAAGAGCAACCUCUUAACACUUCAGAACAAA